AUGGCCUCAUCCGUUUGGCUUGGUUUGCUCAUGAGCAUAAGUUUUUCAGUUCAGGGAUCAUACAGUCAGUUAGAUGUGUGUGGCCGAGUUGCAGUCACAACCAGGAUAGUUGGAGGAGAAGAUGCCCCAACAGGAAGCUGGCCCUGGCAGGCCAGCCUGCACCGAUUUGGCAGACAUUUCUGUGGGGGGUCUCUCAUUAACAAAGAGUGGAUCAUGAGUGCUGCCCAUUGCUUUUCGAGAACAACACCUAGAGGCCUGGUUGUUUACCUUGGCCGUCAAGCUCAGCAGACCAGAAACCCUAAUGAGGUGUCCCGAAGAGUGGCUAGAAUCAUCUUGCAUCCUCGAUACAACCAAAGAACGAACAACCAUGACAUUGCCCUGCUGAGACUCAGGUCCCCAGUUACAUUCACUGACUUUGUCAGACCAGUUUGUCUGGCCGCCAUACCGAGUGUGUUCGACAGUGGCGUGGACAGCUGGGUCACUGGGUGGGGAACUGUUGGCGAGGGAGUUCCCCUCCCAUUCCCACAGGUGCUGCAGGAAGUUGAGGUUCCAGUAGUGGGCAACAGACAGUGCAACUGCCUGAACGGCGUUGGAACAGUCACACCGAACAUGAUCUGUGCUGGUCUACUCGCAGGAGGAAAGGACUCAUGUCAGGGAGACUCAGGAGGUCCAAUGGUAAGCAUUCACAACUCUGUGUGGGUCCAAUCUGGAAUCGUGAGCUUUGGCUUUGGUUGCGCUCGACCCGAACUCCCUGGUGUCUACACAAGGGUAUCACGUUAUCAGGGCUGGAUUAGAUCAAAGGUUAGAAGUGACCCACCAGGCUUCAUCACAUUCACCUCUUUGGGAAUUGAUACGGAUAGUAGUUACAACUGUCCUGGACUUGCGCCUCCCGAACGUUCUUCAGAACUGACAACACCAGCUCCUAGAGCCAGCGUUUCUGCUGAUGUGUGUGGCACGACCCCACUCAACCCCAGGAUAGUCGGAGGAGAAGACGCCCCUGCAGGCGGCUGGCCCUGGCAGGCCAGUCUGCACAGGUUUGGAAGCCACUUCUGUGGAGCUUCACUGAUCAACAAGGAGUGGGUUUUAUCUGCUGCUCAUUGCUUUUCCAACGCCAAUCCAAGCGGGCUGACUGUGUACUUGGGUCGGCAGACCCAGGAAAGCAGCAAUCCCAACGAAGUUUCCCGAAGCGCGGACAGAAUCCUCGUGCAUCCCAAUUAUGACAGCGACACCGUUAACAACGACAUUGCUCUGAUAAGACUGAGUUCUCCCGUUGCAUUUACUGACUUCAUCAGACCGGUUUGCCUGGCAGCAGGUGACAGUGUGUUCAACGAUGGCAUAGACAGCUGGAUAACUGGAUGGGGCACCAUUGGAGAAGGUGUUGCUCUCCCAUCCCCAGGGACCCUACAGGAAAUUGAGAUUCCAGUGGUGGGCAACAGACAGUGCAACUGCCUGAACGGAGUUGGAACGGUCACAGAGAACAUGAUCUGUGCUGGUCUACUCGCUGGAGGAAAGGACUCAUGUCAGGGUGACUCAGGAGGUCCAAUGGUGACCAAACAGGAAACGCAGUGGAUCCAGUCUGGAAUCGUCAGUUUUGGGUUUGGCUGUGCUCGACCUGAACUCCCCGGCGUUUAUGCAAGAGUGUCCCGUUACCAGUCCUGGAUCAGCUCCGAGGUCAAGAUCGACCCGCCAGGCUUCGUCACCUUCUCCGCUACGGGAGCCGACGCUGACAGCAGCUACACCUGCCCUGGACUUCCGGCACCAGGACCUUCGCCAGAUGAGCCAACACCAGCUCCCACAGACAGCGUUUCCGCUGAAGUGUGUGGCACGACCCCACUCAACCCCAGGAUAGUCGGAGGAGAAGACGCCCCUGCAGGCGGCUGGCCCUGGCAGGCCAGUCUGCACAGGUUUGGAAGCCACUUCUGUGGAGCUUCACUGAUCAACAAGGAGUGGGUUUUAUCUGCUGCUCAUUGCUUUUCCAACGCCAAUCCAAGCGGGCUGACUGUGUACUUGGGUCGGCAGACCCAGGAAAGCAGCAAUCCCAACGAAGUUUCCCGAAGCGCGGACAGAAUCCUCGUGCAUCCCAAUUAUGACAGCGACACCGUUAACAACGACAUUGCUCUGAUAAGACUGAGUUCUCCCGUUGCAUUUACUGACUUCAUCAGACCGGUUUGCCUGGCAGCAGGUGACAGUGUGUUCAACAAUGGCAUAGACAGCUGGAUAACUGGAUGGGGCACCAUUGGAGAAGGUGUUGCUCUCCCAUCCCCAGGGACCCUACAGGAAAUUGAGAUUCCAGUGGUGGGCAACAGACAGUGCAACUGCCUGAACGGAGUUGGAACGGUCACAGAGAACAUGAUCUGUGCUGGUCUACUCGCUGGAGGAAAGGACUCAUGUCAGGGUGACUCAGGAGGUCCAAUGGUGACCAAACAGGAAACGCAGUGGAUCCAGUCUGGAAUCGUCAGUUUUGGGUUUGGCUGUGCUCGACCUGAACUCCCCGGCGUUUAUGCAAGAGUGUCCCGUUACCAGUCCUGGAUCAGCUCCGAGGUCAAGAUCGACCCGCCAGGCUUCGUCACCUUCUCCGCUACGGGAGCCGACGCUGACAGCAGCUACACCUGCCCUGGACUUCCGGCACCAGGACCUUCGCCAGAUGAGCCAACACCAGCUCCCACAGACAGCGUUUCCGCUGAAGUGUGUGGCACGACCCCACUCAACCCCAGGAUAGUCGGAGGAGAAGACGCCCCUGCAGGCGGCUGGCCCUGGCAGGCCAGUCUGCACAGGUUUGGAAGCCACUUCUGUGGAGCUUCACUGAUCAACAAGGAGUGGGUUUUAUCUGCUGCUCAUUGCUUUUCCAACGCCAAUCCAAGCGGGCUGACUGUGUACUUGGGUCGGCAGACCCAGGAAAGCAGCAAUCCCAACGAAGUUUCCCGAAGCGCGGACAGAAUCCUCGUGCAUCCCAAUUAUGACAGCGACACCGUUAACAACGACAUUGCUCUGAUAAGACUGAGUUCUCCCGUUGCAUUUACUGACUUCAUCAGACCGGUUUGCCUGGCAGCAGGUGACAGUGUGUUCAACAAUGGCAUAGACAGCUGGAUAACUGGAUGGGGCACCAUUGGAGAAGGUGUUGCUCUCCCAUCCCCAGGGACCCUACAGGAAAUUGAGAUUCCAGUGGUGGGCAACAGACAGUGCAACUGCCUGAACGGAGUUGGAACGGUCACAGAGAACAUGAUCUGUGCUGGUCUACUCGCUGGAGGAAAGGACUCAUGUCAGGGUGACUCAGGAGGUCCAAUGGUGACCAAACAGGAAACGCAGUGGAUCCAGUCUGGAAUCGUCAGUUUUGGGUUUGGCUGUGCUCGACCUGAACUCCCCGGCGUUUAUGCAAGAGUGUCCCGUUACCAGUCCUGGAUCAGCUCCGAGGUCAAGAUCGACCCGCCAGGCUUCGUCACCUUCUCCGCUACGGGAGCCGACGCUGACAGCAGCUACACCUGCCCUGGACUUCCGGCACCAGGACCUUCGCCAGAUGAGCCAACACCAGCUCCCACAGACAGCGUUUCCGCUGAAGUGUGUGGCACGACCCCACUCAACCCCAGGAUAGUCGGAGGAGAAGACGCCCCUGCAGGCGGCUGGCCCUGGCAGGCCAGUCUGCACAGGUUUGGAAGCCACUUCUGUGGAGCUUCACUGAUCAACAAGGAGUGGGUUUUAUCUGCUGCUCAUUGCUUUUCCAACGCCAAUCCAAGCGGGCUGACUGUGUACUUGGGUCGGCAGACCCAGGAAAGCAGCAAUCCCAACGAAGUUUCCCGAAGCGCGGACAGAAUCCUCGUGCAUCCCAAUUAUGACAGCGACACCGUUAACAACGACAUUGCUCUGAUAAGACUGAGUUCUCCCGUUGCAUUUACUGACUUCAUCAGACCGGUUUGCCUGGCAGCAGGUGACAGUGUGUUCAACAAUGGCAUAGACAGCUGGAUAACUGGAUGGGGCACCAUUGGAGAAGGUGUUGCUCUCCCAUCCCCAGGGACCCUACAGGAAAUUGAGAUUCCAGUGGUGGGCAACAGACAGUGCAACUGCCUGAACGGAGUUGGAACGGUCACAGAGAACAUGAUCUGUGCUGGUCUACUCGCUGGAGGAAAGGACUCCUGUCAGGGUGACUCAGGAGGUCCAAUGGUGACCAAACAGGAAACGCAGUGGAUCCAGUCUGGAAUCGUCAGUUUUGGGUUUGGCUGUGCUCGACCUGAACUCCCCGGUGUUUAUGCAAGAGUGUCCCGUUACCAGUCCUGGAUCAGCUCCGAGGUCAAGAUCGACCCGCCAGGCUUCGUCACCUUCUCCGCUAUGGGAGCCGACGCUGACAGCAGCUACACCUGCCCUGGACUUCCGGCACCAGGACCUUCGCCAGAUGAGCCAACACCAGCUCCCACAGACAGCGUUUCCGCUGAAGUGUGUGGCACGACCCCACUCAACCCCAGGAUAGUCGGAGGAGAAGACGCCCCUGCAGGCGGCUGGCCCUGGCAGGCCAGUCUGCACAGGUUUGGAAGCCACUUCUGUGGAGCUUCACUGAUCAACAAGGAGUGGGUUUUAUCUGCUGCUCAUUGCUUUUCCAACGCCAAUCCAAGCGGGCUGACUGUGUACUUGGGUCGGCAGACCCAGGAAAGCAGCAAUCCCAACGAAGUUUCCCGAAGCGCGGACAGAAUCCUCGUGCAUCCCAAUUAUGACAGCGACACCGUUAACAACGACAUUGCUCUGAUAAGACUGAGUUCUCCCGUUGCAUUUACUGACUUCAUCAGACCGGUUUGCCUGGCAGCAGGUGACAGUGUGUUCAACAAUGGCAUAGACAGCUGGAUAACUGGAUGGGGCACCAUUGGAGAAGGUGUUGCUCUCCCAUCCCCAGGGACCCUACAGGAAAUUGAGAUUCCAGUGGUGGGCAACAGACAGUGCAACUGCCUGAACGGAGUUGGAACGGUCACAGAGAACAUGAUCUGUGCUGGUCUACUCGCUGGAGGAAAGGACUCCUGUCAGGGUGACUCAGGAGGUCCAAUGGUGACCAAACAGGAAACGCAGUGGAUCCAGUCUGGAAUCGUCAGUUUUGGGUUUGGCUGUGCUCGACCUGAACUCCCCGGCGUUUAUGCAAGAGUGUCCCGUUACCAGUCCUGGAUCAGCUCCGAGGUCAAGAUCGACCCGCCAGGCUUCGUCACCUUCUCCGCUACGGGAGCCGACGCUGACAGCAGCUACACCUGCCCUGGACUUCCGGCACCAGGACCUUCGCCAGAUGAGCCAACACCAGCUCCCACAGACAGCGUUUCCGCUGAAGUGUGUGGCACGACCCCACUCAACCCCAGGAUAGUCGGAGGAGAAGACGCCCCUGCAGGCGGCUGGCCCUGGCAGGCCAGUCUGCACAGGUUUGGAAGCCACUUCUGUGGAGCUUCACUGAUCAACAAGGAGUGGGUUUUAUCUGCUGCUCAUUGCUUUUCCAACGCCAAUCCAAGCGGGCUGACUGUGUACUUGGGUCGGCAGACCCAGGAAAGCAGCAAUCCCAACGAAGUUUCCCGAAGCGCGGACAGAAUCCUCGUGCAUCCCAAUUAUGACAGCGACACCGUUAACAACGACAUUGCUCUGAUAAGACUGAGUUCUCCCGUUGCAUUUACUGACUUCAUCAGACCGGUUUGCCUGGCAGCAGGUGACAGUGUGUUCAACAAUGGCAUAGACAGCUGGAUAACUGGAUGGGGCACCAUUGGAGAAGGUGUUGCUCUCCCAUCCCCAGGGACCCUACAGGAAAUUGAGAUUCCAGUGGUGGGCAACAGACAGUGCAACUGCCUGAACGGAGUUGGAACGGUCACAGAGAACAUGAUCUGUGCUGGUCUACUCGCUGGAGGAAAGGACUCAUGUCAGGGUGACUCAGGAGGUCCAAUGGUGACCAAACAGGAAACGCAGUGGAUCCAGUCUGGAAUCGUCAGUUUUGGGUUUGGCUGUGCUCGACCUGAACUCCCCGGCGUUUAUGCAAGAGUGUCCCGUUACCAGUCCUGGAUCAGCUCCGAGGUCAAGAUCGACCCGCCAGGCUUCGUCACCUUCUCCGCUACGGGAGCCGACGCUGACAGCAGCUACACCUGCCCUGGACUUCCGGCACCAGGACCUUCGCCAGAUGAGCCAACACCAGCUCCCACAGACAGCGUUUCCGCUGAAGUGUGUGGCACGACCCCACUCAACCCCAGGAUAGUCGGAGGAGAAGACGCCCCUGCAGGCGGCUGGCCCUGGCAGGCCAGUCUGCACAGGUUUGGAAGCCACUUCUGUGGAGCUUCACUGAUCAACAAGGAGUGGGUUUUAUCUGCUGCUCAUUGCUUUUCCAACGCCAAUCCAAGCGGGCUGACUGUGUACUUGGGUCGGCAGACCCAGGAAAGCAGCAAUCCCAACGAAGUUUCCCGAAGCGCGGACAGAAUCCUCGUGCAUCCCAAUUAUGACAGCGACACCGUUAACAACGACAUUGCUCUGAUAAGACUGAGUUCUCCCGUUGCAUUUACUGACUUCAUCAGACCGGUUUGCCUGGCAGCAGGUGACAGUGUGUUCAACAAUGGCAUAGACAGCUGGAUAACUGGAUGGGGCACCAUUGGAGAAGGUGUUGCUCUCCCAUCCCCAGGGACCCUACAGGAAAUUGAGAUUCCAGUGGUGGGCAACAGACAGUGCAACUGCCUGAACGGAGUUGGAACGGUCACAGAGAACAUGAUCUGUGCUGGUCUACUCGCUGGAGGAAAGGACUCAUGUCAGGGUGACUCAGGAGGUCCAAUGGUGACCAAACAGGAAACGCAGUGGAUCCAGUCUGGAAUCGUCAGUUUUGGGUUUGGCUGUGCUCGACCUGAACUCCCCGGCGUUUAUGCAAGAGUGUCCCGUUACCAGUCCUGGAUCAGCUCCGAGGUCAAGAUCGACCCGCCAGGCUUCGUCACCUUCUCCGCUACGGGAGCCGACGCUGACAGCAGCUACACCUGCCCUGGACUUCCGGCACCAGGACCUUCGCCAGAUGAGCCAACACCAGCUCCCACAGACAGCGUUUCCGCUGAAGUGUGUGGCACGACCCCACUCAACCCCAGGAUAGUCGGAGGAGAAGACGCCCCUGCAGGCGGCUGGCCCUGGCAGGCCAGUCUGCACAGGUUUGGAAGCCACUUCUGUGGAGCUUCACUGAUCAACAAGGAGUGGGUUUUAUCUGCUGCUCAUUGCUUUUCCAACGCCAAUCCAAGCGGGCUGACUGUGUACUUGGGUCGGCAGACCCAGGAAAGCAGCAAUCCCAACGAAGUUUCCCGAAGCGCGGACAGAAUCCUCGUGCAUCCCAAUUAUGACAGCGACACCGUUAACAACGACAUUGCUCUGAUAAGACUGAGUUCUCCCGUUGCAUUUACUGACUUCAUCAGACCGGUUUGCCUGGCAGCAGGUGACAGUGUGUUCAACAAUGGCAUAGACAGCUGGAUAACUGGAUGGGGCACCAUUGGAGAAGGUGUUGCUCUCCCAUCCCCAGGGACCCUACAGGAAAUUGAGAUUCCAGUGGUGGGCAACAGACAGUGCAACUGCCUGAACGGAGUUGGAACGGUCACAGAGAACAUGAUCUGUGCUGGUCUACUCGCUGGAGGAAAGGACUCAUGUCAGGGUGACUCAGGAGGUCCAAUGGUGACCAAACAGGAAACGCAGUGGAUCCAGUCUGGAAUCGUCAGUUUUGGGUUUGGCUGUGCUCGACCUGAACUCCCCGGCGUUUAUGCAAGAGUGUCCCGUUACCAGUCCUGGAUCAGCUCCGAGGUCAAGAUCGACCCGCCAGGCUUCGUCACCUUCUCCGCUACGGGAGCCGACGCUGACAGCAGCUACACCUGCCCUGGACUUCCGGCACCAGGACCUUCGCCAGAUGAGCCAACACCAGCUCCCACAGACAGCGUUUCCGCUGAAGUGUGUGGCACGACCCCACUCAACCCCAGGAUAGUCGGAGGAGAAGACGCCCCUGCAGGCGGCUGGCCCUGGCAGGCCAGUCUGCACAGGUUUGGAAGCCACUUCUGUGGAGCUUCACUGAUCAACAAGGAGUGGGUUUUAUCUGCUGCUCAUUGCUUUUCCAACGCCAAUCCAAGCGGGCUGACUGUGUACUUGGGUCGGCAGACCCAGGAAAGCAGCAAUCCCAACGAAGUUUCCCGAAGCGCGGACAGAAUCCUCGUGCAUCCCAAUUAUGACAGCGACACCGUUAACAACGACAUUGCUCUGAUAAGACUGAGUUCUCCCGUUGCAUUUACUGACUUCAUCAGACCGGUUUGCCUGGCAGCAGGUGACAGUGUGUUCAACAAUGGCAUAGACAGCUGGAUAACUGGAUGGGGCACCAUUGGAGAAGGUGUUGCUCUCCCAUCCCCAGGGACCCUACAGGAAAUUGAGAUUCCAGUGGUGGGCAACAGACAGUGCAACUGCCUGAACGGAGUUGGAACGGUCACAGAGAACAUGAUCUGUGCUGGUCUACUCGCUGGAGGAAAGGACUCAUGUCAGGGUGACUCAGGAGGUCCAAUGGUGACCAAACAGGAAACGCAGUGGAUCCAGUCUGGAAUCGUCAGUUUUGGGUUUGGCUGUGCUCGACCUGAACUCCCCGGCGUUUAUGCAAGAGUGUCCCGUUACCAGUCCUGGAUCAGCUCCGAGGUCAAGAUCGACCCGCCAGGCUUCGUCACCUUCUCCGCUACGGGAGCCGACGCUGACAGCAGCUACACCUGCCCUGGACUUCCGGCACCAGGACCUUCGCCAGAUGAGCCAACACCAGCUCCCACAGACAGCGUUUCCGCUGAAGCAUCUCAGGUGUGUUGUUGUUUUUUGUCAGUGUGUGGCACGACCCCACUCAACCCCAGGAUAGUCGGAGGAGAAGACGCCCCUGCAGGCGGCUGGCCCUGGCAGGCCAGUCUGCACAGGUUUGGAAGCCACUUCUGUGGAGCUUCACUGAUCAACAAGGAGUGGGUUUUAUCUGCUGCUCAUUGCUUUUCCAACGCCAAUCCAAGCGGGCUGACUGUGUACUUGGGUCGGCAGACCCAGGAAAGCAGCAAUCCCAACGAAGUUUCCCGAAGCGCGGACAGAAUCCUCGUGCAUCCCAAUUAUGACAGCGACACCGUUAACAACGACAUUGCUCUGAUAAGACUGAGUUCUCCCGUUGCAUUUACUGACUUCAUCAGACCGGUUUGCCUGGCAGCAGGUGACAGUGUGUUCAACAAUGGCAUAGACAGCUGGAUAACUGGAUGGGGCACCAUUGGAGAAGGUGUUGCUCUCCCAUCCCCAGGGACCCUACAGGAAAUUGAGAUUCCAGUGGUGGGCAACAGACAGUGCAACUGCCUGAACGGAGUUGGAACGGUCACAGAGAACAUGAUCUGUGCUGGUCUACUCGCUGGAGGAAAGGACUCAUGUCAGGGUGACUCAGGAGGUCCAAUGGUGACCAAACAGGAAACGCAGUGGAUCCAGUCUGGAAUCGUCAGUUUUGGGUUUGGCUGUGCUCGACCUGAACUCCCCGGCGUUUAUGCAAGAGUGUCCCGUUACCAGUCCUGGAUCAGCUCCGAGGUCAAGAUCGACCCGCCAGGCUUCGUCACCUUCUCCGCUACGGGAGCCGACGCUGACAGCAGCUACACCUGCCCUGGACUUCCGGCACCAGGACCUUCGCCAGAUGAGCCAACACCAGCUCCCACAGACAGCGUUUCCGCUGAAGCAUCUCAGGUGUGUUGUUGUUUUUUGUCAGUGUGUGGCACGACCCCACUCAACCCCAGGAUAGUCGGAGGAGAAGACGCCCCUGCAGGCGGCUGGCCCUGGCAGGCCAGUCUGCACAGGUUUGGAAGCCACUUCUGUGGAGCUUCACUGAUCAACAAGGAGUGGGUUUUAUCUGCUGCUCAUUGCUUUUCCAACGCCAAUCCAAGCGGGCUGACUGUGUACUUGGGUCGGCAGACCCAGGAAAGCAGCAAUCCCAACGAAGUUUCCCGAAGCGCGGACAGAAUCCUCGUGCAUCCCAAUUAUGACAGCGACACCGUUAACAACGACAUUGCUCUGAUAAGACUGAGUUCUCCCGUUGCAUUUACUGACUUCAUCAGACCGGUUUGCCUGGCAGCAGGUGACAGUGUGUUCAACAAUGGCAUAGACAGCUGGAUAACUGGAUGGGGCACCAUUGGAGAAGGUGUUGCUCUCCCAUCCCCAGGGACCCUACAGGAAAUUGAGAUUCCAGUGGUGGGCAACAGACAGUGCAACUGCCUGAACGGAGUUGGAACGGUCACAGAGAACAUGAUCUGUGCUGGUCUACUCGAUGGAGGAAAGGACUCAUGUCAGGGUGACUCAGGAGGUCCAAUGGUGACCAAACAGGAAACGCAGUGGAUCCAGUCUGGAAUCGUCAGUUUUGGGUUUGGCUGUGCUCGACCUGAACUCCCCGGCGUUUAUGCAAGAGUGUCCCGUUACCAGUCCUGGAUCAGCUCCGAGGUCAAGAUCGACCCGCCAGGCUUCGUCACCUUCUCCGCUACGGGAGCCGACGCUGACAGCAGCUACACCUGCCCUGGACUUCCGGCACCAGGACCUUCGCCAGAUGAGCCAACACCAGCUCCCACAGACAGCGUUUCCGCUGAAGCAUCUCAGGUGUGUUGUUGUUUUUUGUCAGUGUGUGGCACGACCCCACUCAACCCCAGGAUAGUCGGAGGAGAAGACGCCCCUGCAGGCGGCUGGCCCUGGCAGGCCAGUCUGCACAGGUUUGGAAGCCACUUCUGUGGAGCUUCACUGAUCAACAAGGAGUGGGUUUUAUCUGCUGCUCAUUGCUUUUCCAACGCCAAUCCAAGCGGGCUGACUGUGUACUUGGGUCGGCAGACCCAGGAAAGCAGCAAUCCCAACGAAGUUUCCCGAAGCGCGGACAGAAUCCUCGUGCAUCCCAAUUAUGACAGCGACACCGUUAACAACGACAUUGCUCUGAUAAGACUGAGUUCUCCCGUUGCAUUUACUGACUUCAUCAGACCGGUUUGCCUGGCAGCAGGUGACAGUGUGUUCAACAAUGGCAUAGACAGCUGGAUAACUGGAUGGGGCACCAUUGGAGAAGGUGUUGCUCUCCCAUCCCCAGGGACCCUACAGGAAAUUGAGAUUCCAGUGGUGGGCAACAGACAGUGCAACUGCCUGAACGGAGUUGGAACGGUCACAGAGAACAUGAUCUGUGCUGGUCUACUCGCUGGAGGAAAGGACUCAUGUCAGGGUGACUCAGGAGGUCCAAUGGUGACCAAACAGGAAACGCAGUGGAUCCAGUCUGGAAUCGUCAGUUUUGGGUUUGGCUGUGCUCGACCUGAACUCCCCGGCGUUUAUGCAAGAGUGUCCCGUUACCAGUCCUGGAUCAGCUCCGAGGUCAAGAUCGACCCGCCAGGCUUCGUCACCUUCUCCGCUACGGGAGCCGACGCUGACAGCAGCUACACCUGCCCUGGACUUCCGGCACCAGGACCUUCGCCAGAUGAGCCAACACCAGCUCCCACAGACAGCGUUUCCGCUGAAGCAUCUCAGGUGUGUUGUUGUUUUUUGUCAGUGUGUGGCACGACCCCACUCAACCCCAGGAUAGUCGGAGGAGAAGACGCCCCUGCAGGCGGCUGGCCCUGGCAGGCCAGUCUGCACAGGUUUGGAAGCCACUUCUGUGGAGCUUCACUGAUCAACAAGGAGUGGGUUUUAUCUGCUGCUCAUUGCUUUUCCAACGCCAAUCCAAGCGGGCUGACUGUGUACUUGGGUCGGCAGACCCAGGAAAGCAGCAAUCCCAACGAAGUUUCCCGAAGCGCGGACAGAAUCCUCGUGCAUCCCAAUUAUGACAGCGACACCGUUAACAACGACAUUGCUCUGAUAAGACUGAGUUCUCCCGUUGCAUUUACUGACUUCAUCAGACCGGUUUGCCUGGCAGCAGGUGACAGUGUGUUCAACAAUGGCAUAGACAGCUGGAUAACUGGAUGGGGCACCAUUGGAGAAGGUGUUGCUCUCCCAUCCCCAGGGACCCUACAGGAAAUUGAGAUUCCAGUGGUGGGCAACAGACAGUGCAACUGCCUGAACGGAGUUGGAACGGUCACAGAGAACAUGAUCUGUGCUGGUCUACUCGAUGGAGGAAAGGACUCAUGUCAGGGUGACUCAGGAGGUCCAAUGGUGACCAAACAGGAAACGCAGUGGAUCCAGUCUGGAAUCGUCAGUUUUGGGUUUGGCUGUGCUCGACCUGAACUCCCCGGCGUUUAUGCAAGAGUGUCCCGUUACCAGUCCUGGAUCAGCUCCGAGGUCAAGAUCGACCCGCCAGGCUUCGUCACCUUCUCCGCUACGGGAGCCGACGCUGACAGCAGCUACACCUGCCCUGGACUUCCGGCACCAGGACCUUCGCCAGAUGAGCCAACACCAGCUCCCACAGACAGCGUUUCCGCUGAAGCAUCUCAGGUGUGUUGUUGUUUUUUGUCAGUGUGUGGCACGACCCCACUCAACCCCAGGAUAGUCGGAGGAGAAGACGCCCCUGCAGGCGGCUGGCCCUGGCAGGCCAGUCUGCACAGGUUUGGAAGCCACUUCUGUGGAGCUUCACUGAUCAACAAGGAGUGGGUUUUAUCUGCUGCUCAUUGCUUUUCCAACGCCAAUCCAAGCGGGCUGACUGUGUACUUGGGUCGGCAGACCCAGGAAAGCAGCAAUCCCAACGAAGUUUCCCGAAGCGCGGACAGAAUCCUCGUGCAUCCCAAUUAUGACAGCGACACCGUUAACAACGACAUUGCUCUGAUAAGACUGAGUUCUCCCGUUGCAUUUACUGACUUCAUCAGACCGGUUUGCCUGGCAGCAGGUGACAGUGUGUUCAACAAUGGCAUAGACAGCUGGAUAACUGGAUGGGGCACCAUUGGAGAAGGUGUUGCUCUCCCAUCCCCAGGGACCCUACAGGAAAUUGAGAUUCCAGUGGUGGGCAACAGACAGUGCAACUGCCUGAACGGAGUUGGAACGGUCACAGAGAACAUGAUCUGUGCUGGUCUACUCGCUGGAGGAAAGGACUCAUGUCAGGGUGACUCAGGAGGUCCAAUGGUGACCAAACAGGAAACGCAGUGGAUCCAGUCUGGAAUCGUCAGUUUUGGGUUUGGCUGUGCUCGACCUGAACUCCCCGGCGUUUAUGCAAGAGUGUCCCGUUACCAGUCCUGGAUCAGCUCCGAGGUCAAGAUCGACCCGCCAGGCUUCGUCACCUUCUCCGCUACGGGAGCCGACGCUGACAGCAGCUACACCUGCCCUGGACUUCCGGCACCAGGACCUUCGCCAGAUGAGCCAACACCAGCUCCCACAGACAGCGUUUCCGCUGAAGCAUCUCAGGUGUGUUGUUGUUUUUUGUCAGUGUGUGGCACGACCCCACUCAACCCCAGGAUAGUCGGAGGAGAAGACGCCCCUGCAGGCGGCUGGCCCUGGCAGGCCAGUCUGCACAGGUUUGGAAGCCACUUCUGUGGAGCUUCACUGAUCAACAAGGAGUGGGUUUUAUCUGCUGCUCAUUGCUUUUCCAACGCCAAUCCAAGCGGGCUGACUGUGUACUUGGGUCGGCAGACCCAGGAAAGCAGCAAUCCCAACGAAGUUUCCCGAAGCGCGGACAGAAUCCUCGUGCAUCCCAAUUAUGACAGCGACACCGUUAACAACGACAUUGCUCUGAUAAGACUGAGUUCUCCCGUUGCAUUUACUGACUUCAUCAGACCGGUUUGCCUGGCAGCAGGUGACAGUGUGUUCAACAAUGGCAUAGACAGCUGGAUAACUGGAUGGGGCACCAUUGGAGAAGGUGUUGCUCUCCCAUCCCCAGGGACCCUACAGGAAAUUGAGAUUCCAGUGGUGGGCAACAGACAGUGCAACUGCCUGAACGGAGUUGGAACGGUCACAGAGAACAUGAUCUGUGCUGGUCUACUCGCUGGAGGAAAGGACUCAUGUCAGGGUGACUCAGGAGGUCCAAUGGUGACCAAACAGGAAACGCAGUGGAUCCAGUCUGGAAUCGUCAGUUUUGGGUUUGGCUGUGCUCGACCUGAACUCCCCGGCGUUUAUGCAAGAGUGUCCCGUUACCAGUCCUGGAUCAGCUCCGAGGUCAAGAUCGACCCGCCAGGCUUCGUCACCUUCUCCGCUACGGGAGCCGACGCUGACAGCAGCUACACCUGCCCUGGACUUCCGGCACCAGGACCUUCGCCAGAUGAGCCAACACCAGCUCCCACAGACAGCGUUUCCGCUGAAGCAUCUCAGGUGUGUUGUUGUUUUUUGUCAGUGUGUGGCACGACCCCACUCAACCCCAGGAUAGUCGGAGGAGAAGACGCCCCUGCAGGCGGCUGGCCCUGGCAGGCCAGUCUGCACAGGUUUGGAAGCCACUUCUGUGGAGCUUCACUGAUCAACAAGGAGUGGGUUUUAUCUGCUUCUCAUUGCUUUUCCAACGCCAAUCCAAGCGGGCUGACUGUGUACUUGGGUCGGCAGACCCAGGAAAGCAGCAAUCCCAACGAAGUUUCCCGAAGCGCGGACAGAAUCCUCGUGCAUCCCAAUUAUGACAGCGACACCGUUAACAACGACAUUGCUCUGAUAAGACUGAGUUCUCCCGUUGCAUUUACUGACUUCAUCAGACCGGUUUGCCUGGCAGCAGGUGACAGUGUGUUCAACAAUGGCAUAGACAGCUGGAUAACUGGAUGGGGCACCAUUGGAGAAGGUGUUGCUCUCCCAUCUCCAGGGACCCUACAGGAAAUUGAGAUUCCAGUGGUGGGCAACAGACAGUGCAACUGCCUGAACGGAGUUGGAACGGUCACAGAGAACAUGAUCUGUGCUGGUCUACUCGCUGGAGGAAAGGACUCAUGUCAGGGUGACUCAGGAGGUCCAAUGGUGACCAAACAGGAAACGCAGUGGAUCCAGUCUGGAAUCGUCAGUUUUGGAUUUGGCUGUGCUCGACCUGAACUCCCCGGCGUUUAUGCAAGAGUGUCCCGUUACCAGUCCUGGAUCAGCUCCGAGGUCAAGAUCGACCCGCCAGGCUUCGUCACCUUCUCCGCUACGGGAGCCGACGCUGACAGCAGCUACACCUGCCCUGGACUUCCGGCACCAGGACCUUCGCCAGAUGAGCCAACACCAGCUCCCACAGACAGCGUUUCCGCUGAAGCAUCUCAGGUGUGUUGUUGUUUUUUGUCAGUGUGUGGCACGACCCCACUCAACCCCAGGAUAGUCGGAGGAGAAGACGCCCCUGCAGGCGGCUGGCCCUGGCAGGCCAGUCUGCACAGGUUUGGAAGCCACUUCUGUGGAGCUUCACUGAUCAACAAGGAGUGGGUUUUAUCUGCUGCUCAUUGCUUUUCCAACGCCAAUCCAAGCGGGCUGACUGUGUACUUGGGUCGGCAGACCCAGGAAAGCAGCAAUCCCAACGAAGUUUCCCGAAGCGCGGACAGAAUCCUUGUGCAUCCCAAUUAUGACAGCGACACCGUUAACAACGACAUUGCUCUGAUAAGACUGAGUUCUCCCGUUGCAUUUACUGACUUCAUCAGACCGGUUUGCCUGGCAGCAGGUGACAGUGUGUUCAACAAUGGCAUAGACAGCUGGAUAACUGGAUGGGGCACCAUUGGAGAAGGUGUUGCUCUCCCAUCCCCAGGGACCCUACAGGAAAUUGAGAUUCCAGUGGUGGGCAACAGACAGUGCAACUGCCUGAACGGAGUUGGAACGGUCACAGAGAACAUGAUCUGUGCUGGUCUACUCGCUGGAGGAAAGGACUCAUGUCAGGGUGACUCAGGAGGUCCAAUGGUGACCAAACAGGAAACGCAGUGGAUCCAGUCUGGAAUCGUCAGUUUUGGGUUUGGCUGUGCUCGACCUGAACUCCCCGGCGUUUAUGCAAGAGUGUCCCGUUACCAGUCUUGGAUCAGCUCCGAGGUCAAGAUCGACCCGCCAGGCUUCGUCACCUUCUCCGCUACGGGAGCCGACGCUGACAGCAGCUACACCUGCCCUGGACUUCCAGCACCAGGACCUUCGCCAGAUGAGCCAACACCAGCUCCCACAGACAGCGUUUCCGCUGAAGCAUCUCAGGUGUGUUGUUGUUUUUUGUCAGUGUGUGGCACGACCCCACUCAACCCCAGGAUAGUCGGAGGAGAAGACGCCCCUGCAGGCGGCUGGCCCUGGCAGGCCAGUCUGCACAGGUUUGGAAGCCACUUCUGUGGAGCUUCACUGAUCAACAAGGAGUGGGUUUUAUCUGCUGCUCAUUGCUUUUCCAACGCCAAUCCAAGUGGGCUGACUGUGUACUUGGGUCGGCAGACCCAGGAAAGCAGCAAUCCCAACGAAGUUUCCCGAAGCGCGGACAGAAUCCUCGUGCAUCCCAAUUAUGACAGCGACACCGUUAACAACGACAUUGCUCUGAUAAGACUGAGUUCUCCCGUUGCAUUUACUGACUUCAUCAGACCGGUUUGCCUGGCAGCAGGUGACAGUGUGUUCAACAAUGGCAUAGACAGCUGGAUAACUGGAUGGGGCACCAUUGGAGAAGGUGUUGCUCUCCCAUCCCCAGGGACCCUACAGGAAAUUGAGAUUCCAGUGGUGGGCAACAGACAGUGCAACUGCCUGAACGGAGUUGGAACGGUCACAGAGAACAUGAUCUGUGCUGGUCUACUCGCUGGAGGAAAGGACUCAUGUCAGGGUGACUCAGGAGGUCCAAUGGUGACCAAACAGGAAACGCAGUGGAUCCAGUCUGGAAUCGUCAGUUUUGGGUUUGGCUGUGCUCGACCUGAACUCCCCGGCGUUUAUGCAAGAGUGUCCCGUUACCAGUCCUGGAUCAGCUCCGAGGUCAAGAUCGACCCGCCAGGCUUCGUCACCUUCUCCGCUACGGGAGCCGACGCUGACAGCAGCUACACCUGCCCUGGACUCCCGCCACCUCCUACGCCUCUCUCACAAAUCACUGCAAGUACUCCUCCUGCCCGAGCACGUAGGUGUGGCAGCGCACCUUUAAAUAUAAAGCCUGCUGGUACGAAGUCUGUAGUUGCGGGUAGCUGGCCAUGGAUGGUCAGUAUUCAGAAGAAUGGAGUUCAUAAAUGUGGAGGGGUUUUGCUCUCUGACGAGACUGUGCUAAGUUCAGCUAAUUGUUUCAACAGUUUUGAGAACAUAUUAAGCGAAUGGGCAGUAUUGGUUGGACCGCAACCACAGAGCAACGCCUCUGAUACCUUCCUCAGCUCCUUUGCUGUGGCCAACAUCACUCUCAGCAAUGUGACUCACUCCUCCUCUGAUGUUGCGGUGCUUCAUCUGAAGUCUUCUGUGGAGCUCAGUGACUACGCUCAGCCUUUGUGCAUGGAUCUAUCUGAGCAACGGACCUUUUCAGUCGGGUCAACAUGCUGGGUCCCUGGAUGGGGAAAGAGGCAGAAUAAUGGAGCAGGCAUACUGACGGAUAUGGAGACCACUUUGGUGGAGUGUGGAAAUGCUUCCCCUGCAGAAAGCAUUUGUACUACGUAUAUAGACAUACAGCAGGGAGAUAUUGGGGGUCCAUUGGUGUGCCAGUCAGAUCAGUCUUGGUUCCAGGUUGGAGUUAUCAUGGAGGUUCCGCAGAGGAACCUCGCCCGAACUGAAAACAUCCUCACCUUCUCCAAACCGACUAUGUUCGAGACCUUCCUGCAAGAGACUGUCGGAGAUCUGCCAUCGCCUUUCACUGCUGUCACGACCACUGCUGUCCAUACCACUAUUGUCAGCACCACAGCCUUUGAUGACGGUGAUGACAGUAUAUUUGGAAAUGCACCUCCUGUCUCAUUUUCACUCUCUUUUCUUCAUUUCCUGAUUUCAGUCAUUCUCUCUUUAACUGUGUUGAUAGGGUAAAGUGGAGAUAAGAAGGCAUAAUCUUUGGCUUGAUAUGUUUAUGGUUCUUAGCGGAGUUUUUUUUUGUCUAAAGUGACUCAUCAAUAAACACGCUAUCAAAUGGACAAUUUAUUGUACAGUCAUAUGGCUUUAAAUUAAAUUAAAUGUCAAAAUAUUAAAUUGUUAUUAUGCACUAUUACCUAAAUUACACUUGUAUGACACUAUUGGUGUAAGGACAUGAGACAGAGUGGAGAAAAGACAGAUGAUAUUACCUUGCAUGACCGUGCCAGCUACCAGGAUGCAUUGUAAAGUUUACGAAAUGUUUGUAACAAGAGUUGCACAAACCUUUUUCAUGCAAAUAUGAGUGAGCCUUUGUUCACCAACUUUAGUGUAGACGUGAUAAGUUGUUAAUAUGAGGAAAUGCUUCAAAUUAUUUUAAUAAAUCCAAUGCAGUGA